GUGGACAGCAGCCGUCCUGGGGCGCGUCGGCUGCGGAGUGAGCGCCGCGGGCCGAACCCGGCUGCGUGUGCGCGGGGCCGGGAGCCUCGAAAGAUGGAUUCUACAAUGGUGAAUUUGUGGACUCUGUUUGAGCAGCUUGUGCGCCGGUUGGAGAUUAUCAGUGAAGGAAAUGAAAGCAUUGAAUUCAUGCACCUUGCGAAGGACUUCGAGGAUUUCCGGAAAAAGUAUCAAAGAACCAACCAGGAGCUGGAAAAAUUCAAAGAUCUGUUGUUGAAAGCAGAGACUGGGCAGAGAGCUCUGGACGUUAAGCUGAAACACGCACGAAAUCAAGUGGACGUGGAGAUCAAACGGAGACAGCGGGCUGAGGCUGAGUGUGCGAAGCUGGAACAACAGAUUCAGCUGAUUCGAGAUAUACUCAUGUGUGACACAUCUGGCAGUAUUCAGCUGAGCGAGGAACAAAAGUCAGCUCUGGCUUUUCUCAACCGCGGCCAAGCAUCCAGUGGCAACGCUGGCAACAAUAGACUGUCAACGAUUGAUGAAUCUGGUUCCAUUUUAUCAGAUAUCAGCUUUGACAAGACUGAUGAAUCAUUGGACUGGGAUUCUUCUUCGGUGAAGAAUUUCAAAAUGAAGAAACGAGAAAAGAGGCGCUCCAAUAGCCGACAGUUCAUCGAUGGCCCUCCUGGGCCUGUAAAGAAAACCUGCUCCAUUGGCUCUACGGUAGACCAGGCAAAUGAAUCGAUAGUUGCAAAAACUACAGUGACUGUUCCCGGUGAUGGCGGACCCAUUGAAGCUGUGUCGACUAUUGAGACAUUGCCAUCCUGGACCAGGAGCCGAGGGAAGUCAGGUCCUUUACAACCUGUGAACAGUGACUCAGCUUUAAAUAGCAAGCCGCUGGAGCCAAGAACUGAGACCAACAAUUCAGGGACACCUGAAAAUAAUGGAGGCACGCGCCUACACGACUUCGUCUCAAAGACGGUUAUUAAGCCUGAAUCUUGUGUUCCCUGUGGAAAGCGAAUCAAGUUUGGCAAGCUGUCUCUGAAAUGUAGAGACUGUCGUUUGGUCUCUCACCCAGAAUGUCGGGAGCGAUGUCCCCUUCCCUGCAUUUCUCCUCUGGUGGGAACUCCUGUUAAGAUUGGAGAGGGAAUGUUGGCAGAUUUUGUGUCUCAGACUUCUCCAAUGAUUCCCGCUAUUGUUGUCAGCUGUGUGAAUGAGAUUGAGCAGCGAGGCCUGACUGAGGCAGGCUUAUACAGGAUCUCAGGCUGCGACCGAACAGUCAGAGAGCUGAAGGAGAAAUUCCUCAAAGUGAAAACUGUACCUCUCCUCAGCAAAGUGGACGAUAUCCAUGCCAUCUGCAGCCUCCUGAAAGACUUCCUUCGAAACCUCAAGGAACCCCUUCUGACCUUUUGGCUAAGUAAAGCCUUCAUGGAGGCAGCAGAGAUAACAGAUGAAGACAACAGCACAGCCGCCAUGUACCAGGCUGUCAGUGAACUGCCCCAGGCCAACAGAGACACCUUAGCCUUCCUCAUGAUCCACUUGCAGAGAGUGGCUCAGAGUCCGAACACUAAGAUGGAUAUUGCCAAUCUAGCUAAAGUCUUUGGCCCUACAAUAGUCGCCCACACUGUGCCUAAUCCAGAUCCAGUGACAGUGUUCCAGGACAUCAAGCGCCAGCUUAAGGUGGUGGAGCGCCUGCUCUCUCUGCCCCUGGAAUACUGGAACCAGUUCAUGAUGGUGGACCAGGAGAACGUGGACAUCCAGCGAGGCAAUGGAAACUCGACACCACGGACACCAGACGUUAAAGUGAGCUUACUGGGGCCCAUGACCACUCCUGAAUUCCAACUUGUCAAGACUCCUUUAUCAAGUUCCCUGUCACAGAGAUUAUACAACCUCUCCAAGAGCACUCCCAGAUUUGGGAACAAGAGCAAGUCUGCCACCAACCUAGGUCAACAAGGCAAAUUUUUCCCUGCUCCGUACCUCAAGUAAAGCCAUUUCUGUGUAGUGUCCAGCUUUUGCAGAAUGCAGGAAGCAUGCCUAUUUGCUAUUUGUAAUUACUUUUUUUUAGCAUUUUCUAGGCUUUAAAUAAAGUUUAAUGUGUCUGAAAGUUUCCUUAUUACAUACUCCCUCUCACCUGUACCAGCACCUUGUAUUAGCUGUCAGGAGCUUUUAGAUAGGGUGGAAGGGGUAGUAGGAAUCGGUUAUGACUUUUUUUGGGGGAGUAUCCCUUUGGCUUAAAGCCAAAUCCUGCUCAUGAAAUGACUUUCUUUUGGUGUCACUUAGACAAUAACAGAAAUCUUAUCUCUUUGGUAAAACUGAGUUAUCUCAGGACAGGAGGUUUCAGGACAGAGGAUGAAGGUUCCCCUUCCUCCUUUAGGGACUGGCGUGGCAUGGAGCCCUCAACAGCCGCAUAGAGUGAGGCGCUGAUCUCGGGAUGCUUCACUGUCCUCUGGGCUAUGCAGUCUGUGGGCCACACCGUGCAUUGUCUCUGUCAGUCUGUGCGGGACUCUGUAGUUGACUGGGGUCAAAGCCAGAUUGAUCUGUCCAGAUUCUAUUAGGGACUCUUGUCCAGUGGAGCCCGUUUAAAUAGUCAGCUAACAUUUUAGGAGACUGUCAGCAUUCUCAUAUGGUAAAACGCUUGGUCUUGCACUUUGGAUGGUGAACUUUUCCCGUGAAACAGACACAUAUAUGUGAAUGUUGGCUUUUUUGAUUAGCAUUUUCCAGUGUCCAAAAUGGCUUCCUUCCAUAGGCUGUUUUCUGACUCCUACUAAUUCUUAUCUGUGAGACACUUAUUUUGAAUAUUAUGUGGAAAAAAAUAA